CUGGAGAGAUUUGAGAUUGACGACAACCCUAAAGACAGGCUCAUGCUGCCAGGUUCCAAACAAAAAGAGUACCCAACAUCUGCCAACAUAACUUGAUUUCCUGUUGGAUAAAGGGGGAAUAAAGGGGAAUAUUCCUAGAAACAACAAAACCAGUUACAGGAAUGGACUGCCAUUUUUCUGUCUGGGGAGUUUUGGCCUUCCUUAGUUUGGCUCUGCUUGUUUCAUUGACAUUGAAUAUUUUACACUGUAUGAAAAAGAAGCAAGCUAAAAUGGAUAAAGACUACGAAGAGAACAAUCCAAGCUAUGAUGGCUAUCACACAGAAGAUUAUCCAGUUUAUGGCAAUCUCAAUCAAGAUAUUUUAGAAGAAUGUUGUUACGAGCAGAUGAAGUCCCAGCCUCAAAGACCAGUUAACCAGCUACAGGUGCAGUCUGCCAAUCAGAUGUGUUAUGCCUCACUUGAUCACAGUGUCAAGGGAAAACGCAGAAAACCAAGGAGAAAGAAAGAUCCUUCAUUAGAAGAAAAUGAGGAAGAAAGAUCAUCUAAUCCCAUGGCAGCUUCCAAAAUUAUUUACCUCAAUAGUGAGCAGCUGGUGGCUGAAAACACAGCAAAAGUAGAAGCCAUUCAUGAUGACCCCAUCAGAUUAAUGGGCUUGAUUCAUAAUAAAAAAGGGGAGAACCGAAUAGGUAAUGAACCAAAUAUGUAACCAUAAAGUGAGACUUGCUUUCUCAUUCUGGGGGAACAAAGAAUGAUUAGAGAUAAUAUCCUGGAAAGCUGACAUAUUAAUCAGUGGUAUGAAAUGGUUAAGUGUUCCAAACUGUCUGCCAAGCAUGUUUAUAAACUAAGCAAGACAUAGGUCCAGGCUGCCACUCAUGGAUCUGCUCUUCUGAAGACAAUAUAUAAGAGUUGCAGAAGUUGGUACUCGGCAUUCACAUGGUAGUGAUUCCAGUAAAAAUUGAUCCUGUUCUAAACAAGCAUCAGCUUUCAAGCAGUCCUAAAAGACCUCCUCACUGUCUAUAGAGAUAUAGCAGAGUACAGCUAUUCUAUAUUGACUUCAAUACUUUUGAAAUGAGAUUGUGUUUGGUACUUGCACACUUGGUGAUUAAUUGUUUUUACCCAUCAAGAACAGAUCUGUUGUUCCACACUGUGAACUUUCUGUGACUGGUCUAUGGCAAUGACUGGAGAAUAAUUUAACAGCUGAUUUAUAGUAGUAAUUGUACAUAUCACAAGACUUAGCAGUAUCUUCAUAUAGCCUUAAGUUUCCUCUAACAAUAUUGGAAUACGUCUCAUAUCUCAAUUCCUCUAUUAGUGUAAAUAACAUUGUACACAGCUGUAUUCAAAGGUCCACAAAGAUAUUAUAAAACCAUCUCUAACAAUAAACCUAGGGAGGAUUUCUUCCUUCUAAUACUCUCUGUUAUGUUUACAUUCCUAUUGUGUUUUCCACUGCCAUCCUUACAAACUGUUUUACAAACACAAAAAGCUUUUUAUUUCCCCAAACCCUUCACUUACACUGUGCACAUUCAUUUGAAGACUAAACUCUUUAAAUGGUAAGUUUUAUAGAGUGGGUAUCUAUUUUUAUAUUCUGGGAAUCAUUAAGUAGUUGCUGCAGGAAACAAUAAAGCAAGUUGAUGCGUCUGCCUCUAGGUGUCAGACACUUCUGCCUUCUCAAGAACACAGGCUCUAGGAGCCUUUAAAAUCCACACAGAGCAGUGCCAAGGAGCUUGGAACUCUGAAGCACACAGAGCCCCAAAGCUGUAUCAGGUCCUGAAAGAGAUAGACCUGGAAAAUAUCCACAGUACAGAGGGCCAAUACCUAACAGCAGAAGUGGAUGAAGACAUCAAAGGAUGAGACAAAUUUAUGGAGAGAAAAAAAA